UUUUACAUCCGUCACCCAAACCAUGCGCAUGCUAUCAGUCUACCUGCACAGCGGCUUUCGCCCACGACCGUAUGUCACCGAGACCCGUUUGUUUCCACGCUUCGGGUCCGGUGGGACCCCCACGACACGCCGGUUGACAACCGAAGAAGGACGGAAUGUGUAGCCCACCUACGACGUAUCCGAUGGCCGGCGAACAUAUGUACAGCCUACAUCGGCGCCUUGAAAGGCCAUCAAGCUCCCUUUCUGGCCGACAUAUUCAGGUUGCUCGCCCUACCGAUGUUUUGGGAAUUUAAAUAUCAUUCUCCCUUUUGACCGGGAAGCGAAGAAGCGCAGUUUGCGACAACGCGAUAGGGAGCGUGUUUGCAUCCCCGCCUCUCAACGAUACCUUCCGCUCCCUUGGAAUAUCGAAACCACGCCCGCAGCUGUGUCGAUGUGAACAGGUCU